AGCCAGCUCCUGUUUUUUCCUCCGAUGGAGUACUGCUUGUGACUGUGAGCUUGCUGAAGGUCAAAAGGAAUUUCUAAAAAAAAAAACCUAAAAAGAAAAAAAACCACAGGCUGGUUUUUGGGAGUAAAUCCUGGUCUUGGAGCAGGUCUGCAGACUGCCGGCCGAGGAGCUGUGGCCGGGUUAUGGGCUGUUUCUGGAGCUGUCAGUGUGACGCUGCUCAGAGUAAUCGGACUGCCACUAAUACCUGCUGCUGCUAACAGGAGGCGAUGGGGGAAGUUUCUUCACAGAGUCCCUGUCAGGCCAGAUCUUCAACUCAGGCCGACCACUGAGUUCUUGUUUUUUGGGAAGGCCUCUGUCAAGUCCCAGAGGAAGGAGACAUGGCCACCAACUCUUUUCGUGGGUCCAAACAUGGCCGACGUGACGAGGCCAACCAUGAAGCUGAGUUCAGCUGCUCACUAGAGGAGCUGCGCUCGCUCAUGGAGCUGAGAGGAGCAGAGUCGCUCACCAGGAUCCAGGAGUGCUACGGAGAUGUUCACGGACUGUGUGCGAGACUGAGGACGUCACCUGUCGAAGGUUUAGAUGGAAACUCGGAGGACAUCGACAGAAGGAAACAGGAGUUUGGACCGAACCUCAUCCCUCCUAAAAAGCCAAAAACCUUUGUGCAGUUAGUGUGGGAAGCCCUGCAGGAUGUCACGCUCAUCAUCCUGGAGGUGGCAGCCAUCAUUUCACUAGGCCUUUCUUUCUACAGACCGCCAGAUGCUGAGAGACAGAACUGUGGCAGUGCGGCUGGCGGUGUGGAGGAGGAGGGCGAGGGGGAGACUGGAUGGAUCGAAGGUGCUGCCAUCCUGCUGUCAGUGGUGUGUGUGGUCCUGGUGACAGCCUUCAAUGACUGGAGCAAAGAGAAACAGUUUCGAGGUCUCCAGAGCCGCAUCGAGCAGGAGCAGAAGUUCAGUGUGGUGCGAGGGGGCCAGGUGAUCCAGAUCAAAGUGUCUGAGAUCGUGGUCGGAGACAUCGCACAAGUCAAAUACGGUGACCUCCUCCCUGCUGACGGCAUCCUGAUUCAAAGCAAUGAUCUGAAGAUUGACGAGAGCUCUCUGACCGGAGAGUCGGAUCAUGUCAAGAAGAGUCUCGACAAAGACCCCAUGUUGCUGUCAGGUACCCAUGUGAUGGAGGGGUCUGGUAAGAUGUUGGUCACCGCUGUCGGUGUGAACUCUCAGACUGGAAUCAUCUUCACGCUGCUUGGUGCUAGUGAGGAAGGAAAAAAAGACGAGAAAAGCAAGAAAGGAAAAAACAAGGAUGGAGCCAAUGUUGAGAUGCAGCCGCUCAACGAGGGUGGUGAACCAGAAAAGAAGAAGAAAAAUCUGCCGAAGAAGGAGAAGUCUGUCCUCCAGGGGAAGCUCACCAAAUUGGCUGUGCAGAUCGGCAAAGCAGGUCUGUUCAUGUCGGCCCUCACGGUCAUCAUCCUCAUCACUCGCUUCCUGAUCGAUACCUUCUUGAUUCAGGAGGUUCCCUGGUCCAAAGAGUGUGUCCCCAUUUACGUGCAGUUCUUGGUCAAGUUCUUCAUCAUCGGUGUGACAGUGCUGGUGGUGGCCGUGCCUGAAGGUCUCCCUCUGGCAGUCACCAUCUCACUGGCAUAUUCAGUCAAGAAAAUGAUGAAAGACAACAAUCUUGUUCGCCACCUGGAUGCCUGUGAGACGAUGGGCAAUGCCACGGCCAUAUGCUCCGACAAGACAGGCACCCUUACUAUGAACCGAAUGACAGUGGUGCAGACCUACAUCGCAGGGCGCUAUUACAAAAAGGUGCCGGAGCCGGACCUGAUUCCUGCCAAGAUCUUGGAGCUGCUCGUCAUGGGCAUCGGGGUCAACUGCGCCUACACCACCAAGAUUAUGCCUCCAGAGAAGGAGGGUGGGCUGCCUCGCCAGGUGGGGAACAAGACUGAAUGUGCCUUACUGGGAUUCUCCCUGGACCUGCGCCGAGACUACCAGACCAUCCGCAACGAAAUCCCAGAAGAGAAACUGUUCAAGGUCUACACUUUCAACUCUGUGAGGAAGUCCAUGAGCACCGUGCUAAAGAACCAUGAUGGCAGCUAUCGAAUGUUCAGCAAGGGGGCCUCUGAGAUUCUCCUUAGGAAGUGCUGUUCAAUCCUUUUGGACAGCGGGGAGGCCAAAGUCUUCAAACCUCGGGACCGAGACGACCUGGUCAAGGAGGUGAUUGAGCCAAUGGCAUCAGAGGGGCUAAGGACCAUCUGCCUCGCCUACAGAGAAUUCCCUGCUGCUGAUGGAGAGCCUGACUGGGACGAUGAGGCCAACAUCCUGACCGGCCUCACCUGCAUUUCCGUGGUCGGCAUUGAGGACCCUGUACGACCUGAGGUACCAGAAGCCAUCAGAAAGUGCCAGCGGGCUGGAAUCACUGUCCGCAUGGUGACCGGAGACAACAUCAAUACUGCUCGAGCCAUCGCCACCAAAUGUGGCAUCCUGCAACCUGGAGACGACUUCCUGUGCAUGGAGGGGAAAGAAUUCAACCGACGGAUCCGCAACGAGCUGGGAGAGAUUGAACAGGAGCGUAUUGAUAAAAUUUGGCCAAAGCUGAGAGUCCUUGCCAGAUCGUCUCCAACGGACAAACACACUCUGGUCAAAGGUAUCAUUGACAGCACCGUGCUGGAGCAGAGGCAGGUUGUAGCGGUAACUGGAGACGGAACAAACGACGGUCCUGCCCUCAAGAAAGCAGAUGUUGGCUUCGCCAUGGGCAUCGCCGGGACGGACGUGGCGAAGGAGGCGUCUGACAUCAUCCUGACAGACGAUAACUUCAGCAGCAUCGUGAAGGCCGUCAUGUGGGGCAGGAACGUCUACGACAGCAUCUCAAAGUUCCUGCAGUUUCAGCUCACUGUCAACGUGGUCGCCGUCAUCGUGGCCUUCACCGGAGCCUGCAUCACCCAGGACUCUCCUCUGAAAGCCGUACAGAUGUUGUGGGUAAACCUCAUUAUGGACACUUUCGCUUCGCUCGCUCUUGCCACUGAGCCGCCGACUGAGGCUCUGCUGCUCAGGAACCCGUACGGCCGCAAGAAGCCGCUCAUUUCCCGUACCAUGAUGAAGAACAUCCUGGGCCACGCCGUCUACCAGCUGACCACAAUCUUCACCCUGCUCUUCUAUGGUGAGAACUUAUUUGACAUCGACAGUGGCAGGAACACGCCCCUCCACGCCCCGCCCUCUGAGCACUACACCAUUGUGUUCAACACGUUUGUCCUGAUGCAGAUCUUCAAUGAGUUCAAUGCCCGCAAGAUUCACGGCGAGAGGAACGUCUUUGAGGGAGUCUUCAACAACAUCAUCUUCUGCUCCAUCGUCCUGGGAACCUUCGUCAUACAGAUCAUCAUUGUGCAGUUUGGUGGUAAACCGUUCAGCUGUGUGAGUCUGACCAUCGAGCAGUGGCUGUGGUGUAUCUUCCUGGGCCUCGGCAGCCUCCUGUGGGGACAGCUGGUGUCCAGUGUGCCCACUAGCUGGCUGAAGUUCCUGAAGACAGCGGGUCACGGCACACAGCGGGAGGAGAUCCCUGAGGAGGAGCUGGAGGAGAUGAAGGACCUGGAUGAGAUCGACCAUGCUGAGAUGGAGAUGAAAAGGGGCCAUGUGCUCUGGUGCCGUGGCCUCAACCGCAUCCAGACACAGAUUCGUGUUGUGAACGCCUUCAGAGACAGCGUGUCUCCCUACGAAGGUCUGGAGACGCCCGAGUCUCGCAGUUCCAUCCAUAAUUUCAUGACCCACCCUGAGUUCCGCAUUGAGGACUCGGAGACUCAGAUACCACUGAUCGAUGAGGUGGAGGGUGAGGACGACGCCCCCACCAAACGCAACUCCUUCGUCCUCCCACCGCCUCUGAGUGGAUUGUCCCAUAUGCCACCUCUCCCGUCCUCACCCAACCAGAACAACAACGCCAUGGCCCGCAUCGUCCCUCUGCAUAACACAUCCAGACCCAGUCUGAUCCCGCCCAACUCAGCAGGGCUGCCACCGUGUCCGGGGAGCCCCCUGCACAGCCUGGAGACCUCACUCUGAACUGGAGCCCGACCCUCCCAACCUGACCACUUCCUGUUAUGAUGGUCUGUUCGUACUGUGUCUGUUACAGUGAGAGUUGUGGUUCAUCUGGGAGCCAAGGAAUGGAAAACAAACAAACUCUGACUGGUUCUCCUCAGGAGUUCACCUGUUGGUUUUUAGUAUCCAGGGAGCAGAAAUGUUUCCAGCUGUUUGUGGUUGUGUACAGAGUGGCAGCAGCGGUGGCAGCUGCAGCAUGUUCACACAGACUGAUGUUUCUUUCUUUACUUUAAUAGACAUGAACUCUGCAUUUGUUGUUUAGGAGAAGAGUGUUUGUGAGGUGAUUGAUCAAUAAUCAUUUUCUGAUCUGUAAAUAUUCAUGUUAAUGUUCAGAUGUAGUCAGGUUUUAAUCUGUGUCUGUCUGUCAGCAGACGAGCUGACGUGAGUUGGCGGUGACAAGUUCAGGUUAGUUUUGUGUCAAGGUUUAACUUUGUGACUGAAAUGUUUAGAGUGGGUCAGUUUUAAUGGUGGGGAGGUGGAGGGGGGUGUUUAUUUGUGUGUUUGUAGAAGGUGUAAAACCGAAAAUUAUUAAAAGUGGAAAAACAACUUACAGAGCAGGAUGUUUGUGACGUUGAUCCAAGAGAAGAAGGUUUGAUAGACAUGUGUAAAAUAACUUUGAAGUCAUCUUCACCUCCAGAAGAUUAACAAGUCAAACUCUGUCUCUUUACACUCCAGCUGUUUCCAUGACGAGCCUGUUGUGACCUUCAUGAUGAAUUUACAUCAUAAAUCUUUCCACUUUAUUCAGUACAUCAUCUGAAGCAGUGUCACUGCAGAACACAAAUACACUGGACUAUUACUGUAGUGAAAAAUCUGAUGUUUCUAACCGAGAGGGAAAAACUACAGUGAUGGUGAUGCAACCUCUAGUAUUGCUUUUUAUGUACAUCCUCAGGCAUUACUAAAACUACAAUACAGAAAUAUUCAUUCAAUAUUAAUCACAUAAAAUCAUAUUAUAAUGAUGGAAGUCCUUGUUUUAUUUCACAAAUGUGUGUUUGUUCAGCUCUCAGUUGUGGCCUUUAAUAACAAAAGGAGUUUGGCUGGUGGUCAAAGAUGAAACUAAACAAGAGACUUGUGAUUCAACAGAUCAGAGAUCACCGCCAUCUUUGAACAGACGUGGAAAGACAAAUUCAAGUAGGUGCUGGAUGAAAGGGACACAAAAACAUAUCCAAGAUUUUGAGACACAAGUUGGAAUAUUUUGAGAAAAUGCAAUGUUAUGAAAAUAAAGUCAUAGU